GGUGGACUCUCGCCUAAACCUCUGUUGCUACGCCAGCCUUUCUUUUCUCUUUUCUCACUUGACAACCAAACUCACUCAACCAACCAACCAACCCACCAAACCAGGUGCCCCGUCCACCUUUAACUCAUCACCGCCGCUUCCAAGAGCCAAUUAGCACAGAUACCUCGACGCAGACAUGAUGGCCGCCGCCACCCUGCCAGAACAAGACCACGACUCAGGCGACGAUAGUUGGACCAAGAUACAGCCCCCCUCGACCGUCGCCGGGCCAUCCGUUUCCCAUGAUUCACCAGCUGCUCUAGCCCAUCAUUUGGCCGAGGCCGCUUCCACCCCGCUUGCUCACCUGGCCAAACCAGUCGCCGCCUUUCUUGAUGAGAUCCCCCAAGCGCCGCCGCCGUCGCCGCCUGCCAAGGCAAAGGCACCCGAGAAGCCUGCCGACCGCGACCGUAGGGGCAUAAGCCCGACCACUCGGACACGCCUCUUGAAGGCUUGCGCCGAUAUCCUGCAAAUCGUCGGCCCUUCGUCCUUCACCAAUCAUUCCGCCCGCGACCCUCUCGAGCACCGUUUGCAGGGUCUUGUCCGAUAUGCCGCAUUUGCGGUCCAGGCUGCAGCGGCAGAGGAGGACCAGCUGGCCAGUCGAGAAUCCGCUCUUGAUACCAACAGUGGGGACCAAGAGGAGAAAGGUGGACUAGACAAACCCAACGUCGUGCAGGAUUGA